AUGCUGACGACAUCGAAGCUCCACACCGGGAGUGGUGAGAGGCAGACCGGAAGGAAAGCUCAGCUGUCCAAUAUUGCCGCCGCGAAGACCGUCGCCGACAUCAUUCGAUCAUGCCUCGGCCCCAAGGCCAUGCUCAAGAUGCUCCUCGACCCCAUGGGUGGCAUCGUCCUGACCAACGACGGCCACGCCAUCCUCCGAGAGAUCGAGGUCUCCCACCCCGCCGCUAAGAGCAUGAUCGAGCUCAGCCGGACGCAGGACGAGGAGGUUGGCGAUGGAACCACAACAGUCAUUAUUCUGGCUGGUGAGAUUCUCGCCCAGGCUCUCCCCCAGCUCGAGCGCAACAUCCACCCCGUCGUCAUCAUCUCCGCCUUCAAGCGCGCCCUCCAGGACGCCCUCGACAUCAUCGACGAAGUAUCGCUGCCCAUCGACAUCAACGAUGACAAGGCCAUGAACCAGCUCAUCUCCUCUUCUAUCGGCACCAAGUUCGUCUCGCGGUGGAUGGACCAGAUGUGCGACCUUGCCCUCAAGGCCGUGCGGACCGUCACCUGGGAGGCCGGCAAUGGCAAGACCGAGGUCGACAUCAAGCGAUACGCUCGAAUCGAAAAGGUCCCCGGCGGCGAGAUCGAGGACAGCAUGGUCCUCGACGGCUUGAUGCUCAACAAGGACAUUACGCACCCCAAGAUGCGACGCCGCAUCGAGAACCCUCGCAUCGUCCUCUUGGACUGCCCCUUGGAAUACAAGAAGGGAGAAUCCCAGACGAACAUCGAGAUCACAAAAGAGGAGGACUGGAACCGCAUCCUCCAGAUCGAGGAGGAGCAGAUCAAGAUGAUGUGCGACGCCAUCAUCGCCGUCAAGCCCGACCUCGUCAUCACUGAGAAGGGCGUGUCCGACCUCGCCCAGCACUUCUUCAUGAAGUCCAACAUCACAGCGCUGCGCCGUGUGCGCAAGACCGACAACAACAGAAUAGCCCGCGCCACCGGUGCCACCAUCAUUAACCGGGUAGAAGACCUCCAGGAUUCCGACGUCGGCACCCGAUGCGGCCUGUUCGAGAUUGAGAAGAUUGGCGACGAGUACUUUACCUUCCUCACAAAGUGCAAGGACCCGAAGGCCUGCACCGUCCUCCUGCGUGGCCCGUCCAAGGACGUGCUCAACGAGAUCGAGCGGAACCUCCAGGACGCCAUGGGCGUGGCUCGCAACGUCAUGUUCCACCCGCGACUGUCGCCCGGCGGCGGCGCCACAGAGAUGGCCGUGUCCGUCAGGCUUGCUCAGAAGGCCAAGGGCAUCGAGGGCGUGCAGCAGUGGCCGUACAAGGCGGUGGCUGAUGCCAUGGAGGUCAUCCCGAGAACCCUGGUGCAGAACGCCGGCAAGAGCCCGGUGCGCGUGCUGACGGACCUGCGGGCCAAGCAGGCCGAGGGCAAGAGCUCGUGGGGCGUCAACGGUGACACCGGCACCAUUGUCGACAUGAAGGAGUACGGAGUGUGGGAGCCGGAGGCUAUCAAGCUGCAGAGCAUCAAGACGGCCAUUGAGGCCGCUUGCCUGCUGCUAAGAGUGGACGACAUCUGCAGCGCCAAGAAGGCGCAACAAGGCGGCGCGCCGGGAGUCGGCGGCGGCGAUGAUUAA